CUCUUGAGUCACGUCUUAUCGCAAAGCUACGCUCCUUCGUCGUCGCUGUCAGCUGCUCCCCUGCUGCUCCCCGCUGUCCACGCUUGACGUAGCCGGCCGGCUCUAACAAUACGUUCAGGCUGCUGGCUUCGGAUUGUGCCGGUCCACCGUUCACUCGGCGGUUUGACGUUCGCACGCCGCUCAGCCGGCGGAUUGACGGUUAGGUCCUCUCGGUCUCCGGUUCGUCUUGCUGUUUUCGUCACGACAGGCUCCCGAUGAGUCGUAGCGCAAGGAGGAGGCAACCGAUGAGUUGGAGUAAUUCCUACAGGGGGUGACUUUUGAGUCGACUCACACUUCACUCCAAUGAGCUCGAGUACUUUCUACAGGGGGAACUAUCACGAGCAAGCAUUGAUACAUCCGAUGAGUGUUAAUGACUCGCAGGUACUCCUUCCGACAGCGGGAGCCAUCAUCGCGUUUCGAGACCCCUCAAAGUUCGAUGCGAGCUAGUAGGUCACAAGUAGUAGUAGUUCCGACAGCUGGGAUCAUCACGAGCGAACAUCCAUUGAGUAGCAAGUAGUACCGUCAGCUGGAGUCAUCACGGACAGGCGCUCCCCGCUUUUGUAGGCGCAGCACGGGCCAGGAGCGAAAACGCGGGAAAAAUCGGGAACAAGUACGAGAUUCCAGAAUUCUUCAGCCGUUUUUAUAUCGCGGAACGUGGCGCGUUCCGAUUGGCGCUCCCCGGGUCCUCCUGAGAGCUAGUCAUGGCGGGGCUCGUCUGUCCCGUGUGCGAGGGGGUCAACCUGCCGUCGCUCUGCUGCGACUGCGCCAAUCGCGUCCAGCAUGUGCGCCGGCAACACCUGGAACGCCUCCAGCAUCGGAGGGACCACCUGAGGAAUCACCUGGCGGCUGCACUAGAGGCCCAGGGCGUGAAGCAUCAAUGGCAGGCGCGGGAAAGGGAGGCGAAGGAACGGUGCAAGUGGCUACGGGAAUCCGUUGAAAGAGAGCGAGCACAAGUUGCAGAAGAUAGCAUGCGUUUGGAGCAGCUUCGUUUGCAGUGUAACUCCAGACGAUCCCUCCUGGCCCAUGCCAAUACUGUGCUGGCCAAUCGUAGGGUAGCGCUGUUGCAGACAGGCUCCGCAACAGCCCUUGCCGCUGCAGUGACUGGCGCCGGGGGAGGUAGAUUAGGGGCAGGUGGCCCUGGGGCAGGUGGGAACGGUGGUGCAGUGGCAGGAGCAGGGGCAGGGGCAGCAGGUGGAGCAGCAUACGGAGUGGCUGCGGCGGGAGUGAGAAUGGGAGGGGGGGCGCUGGGAGGCGACUGGGUUAAUCUGCAUGCCCUUGUGAAUCUGCAGAGGAUUGUGCAGGGAGCUCUGAAGUCAGACCAACAGCGCUGCCUGAAACGGCUCAGAGACGUCUUCCCUCUCAAACAGGCGUUUCUCCCCACUACACCGGCUGACUCCACCACCACCCCCACCCCUACCACCACCACCACCACCACCACCACCACCACCACCACCACCACCACCACCACCACCCCCACCACUACAAGCAACUCCCUUCCACCCCAUUCCGCUCCUCCCCUCCCCGACCCUGGUUCCUGUCUCUCUAUCUGUGGCCUCCGCCUUCCCUCCUCCGAUGCCCAUAUUCCCCUCAUCCCACCGUUGGAACUCGCGGCUGCGAUAGGAUGCCUGGUUCGUCUCCUGGACCUGCUCUCCAAGUACCUCUCCUUUCCUCUGCUGCAUGUCGCUGCCUUUGCCGCGUCAUCCUCCAAGGUGUGGCACCGGCAGUCCUACUGGGCCCUCACUCCUCCCUCCAACCCUAGGGAUAUCAUCUCCUUCUCCCUCACUCCUUCUCACUCACAAGCUCAACCUCCCACUCUCGAUCCCUCCUCCCUUUCCCCCUCCUCCCCUCCCUACUCAUCCCCUCUCUCCUCACUCAACCUCCCGUCCUCUCCCUCCACCUCCACACACUCCUCUACCUCCACCCUUCCUGGAAGCUUCCUCUCCUCCUCCUUCGCAUGUAACUCUCUCUUUGGCUCGUGGGCCGGUAUACCACCUUCCCCGCUACAAGACGAAGCAGGCAACCCGAUAAAUUUCCCCCAUGCUGCCGCAGCCAGUCAGCAGCUGCCACCUGGCGAGAUCAAGCAGGUUCGGCGCGGGCUGAGGUUGCUUCGGAGGAGUGCUGCCUGCCUUGCUGCUACUCAAGUUGGCGGGUUCGGGAUCACCGGACCUGGGAAUGAGGCUCGGGGGGGUGGUGAUGCUGAGCUGGACGAAUUUGCUGAGCUGGCAGUGAUGAUGUCAGCUGCCACACGGGACUUGCGGUUACCCUUUUUACGCAACCAGGCCUCUGACUCGUUCUUUUUCUCCCCCCCAUCCUCCUCCUCUGCUCGUCCUCCCGACCUUUCCCCUCGCCAUCCGGCCCUCUCUCCUGCUGCUCCCUCUGUUGCUGGUGCUGCUUCUGUCGCUGCUGUUGGUGGUACUGCUGCUAAUGGCAUUAGUGCUGCUGCAUUUGCCACUAGGGCUUCUGCUUCUGGAGAAGAGAGUUGGGGAGGGAGAGGAGGAGGAGGGGAGGGGGGGCAAAUGCCUCACGAGAACCUGCUGGGAAACUUCCUUCUGGAUGACUACAUCAACAAAGCCGCAGCCUUGCACGGUCGCAGAAUACCCCGUAGAGUCAUCUCUGAUACAAGCGCAAGCGCCUCUUCAUCCCACGCCCACCGUACAGGCGCUCCAAUAAUCUCCCAUUCACUGCCGCGCAACACCUUAUCCGAUCCAGAAAACAUGGACAGUCUAAAGAGGAGACUGCUGGGAUCCAGAGGGAAGGGACAUGACCAGGGGGAGGAGGGGGGACGAGGGGUGGAGGGAGGGGAUGUGAGGGGGAAGAGGGAAGGGAAGGGGGAUGAGGGAGGGGAGGAGUGGGCGGUGGUAGAUGCGGUCCAGUUGCCACCUCCCCCUUCGGAUGCUGAGGCUGUGGAGCAUUGGGCUCGCGCCAUGAUCAUUGAUGUGACGAGGGGAGGGGGUGAAGGGCAAGGAUGUGAUGCGAGGAGGUGGCAUGGUGGGGUGUAACGCAUGGUAUCGGUGUCGUUACCCCCCGUCCAAUCACGUCACCCCCCAUCCUAUCGGUGUCGUUACCGUGUGAUGCAGCUGAUGCCUAGGCUGUGCGACGUGAUUGUUGAUGCGAGGUGAUGGGAGGGAAGGGGGGUGAUAGGACGGGGUGUGGGGAGGGGUCGUGAGAACAGCUGCUGGUCUCGGGAGGGGGCAUGACUCAUGUGGGCUGGCCAGACAAGAGGGAGGGCCUCGUGGAGGGUGCCGUGUGUAUCCGGGCAGCAGGAAGCAGCGGCAGGCGAGGAGAUAAAGCAUGAGGUGGGGAGGAUAGGGCAGAGAUGGAGAGGAGGAAGAAACUGACAAAUGUGCAACAGCCCCCUUGUUUGAGUGUAAAUAUGCUGUUUUCAUUAUAGCUUGCUCGUGUAUUCAGCAUUUGUUUAGCCAUGCAUAUAGAUAGUAGCAAUAUACUAGAAUGGCAUGGCUACGAGUUGGUUUUAGUGCAGGUAGCACAUCAUAUAUACAAUGGAAAUCUUGCAUGUGUACCAAAAUUGCGUAUACGGCCUGAGGCAACAA